AUGCCUGUUGACGGUACAGCGAUUGCAGAAGAGUGCUUUACAGCUUAUGAAAAGCUCAAAGCUGGUGAUGCUGCAUUUGUAUUGUUUGAGAUUAAAGAUGAAAUGAUCGUGGUGAACCAUAUUGGCCAACCUGCAAGUGCAUAUAAAGAUUACUAUGAAGCAUUCCUUGAAGCGCUCCCUGCCGACGAGUGUCGCUAUGCUGUGCUCUAUGUGGAUGAUGUUGUUAAUCACCAUGGCGUGAAAAAGCGUGAGCUUGUGUUUUAUGGAUGGGCGCCGGAUCAGUGUCAUGUUAAGCAGCGAAUGAUGCAUUCGACGUCACUGAUCAUAUUCCGUCGACGGUUGGUUGGCCCUGGGGUUGGAAUUGAAAUCCAAGCAAAUGAUGUUUCCGAGGCACAGCGUGAAGCCGUUUUUGAGAAGGCUCAAAGACGUCCACCUUUCAUCCAAUAA